UGCAUUCUUUUCUUACAUUUCUUACAUCUUUUUAUGCAUUAACAGGAAAGCGUCUCAUCUGUGAUGCUGGGGCCACCCUACAACCACACAGUGGAAACCCCUGCCACCUUCUUCCUUGUGGGUAUCCCAGGUUUGCAGUCUUCACAUCUUUGGCUGGCUAUCUCACUGAGUGCCAUGUAUAUCAUAGCCUUGUUAGGAAAUACCCUCAUAGUGACCACAAUCCGGAUGGACUCCACUCUACAGGAGCCCAUGUUCUACUUCCUGUGUGUUCUGGCUGCCGUGGACAUUGUUAUGGUGUCCUCUGUAGUGCCCGAGAUGGUGAACAUCUUCUCCUCAGGAGGCGGUUCCAUCAGCUUUAAUGCUUGUUUCACUCAGAUGUAUUUUAUCCAUGUAGCCACAGCUAUGGAGUCAGGGCUGCUGCUGGUCAUGGCUUUUGACCGCUAUGUAGCCAUCUGUAAGCCUCUACACUACAAGAGUAUUCUCACACCUCAAGUGAUGCUGGGAAUGAAUGUGGCUAUCACCAUCAGAGCUGUCAUAUUCAUGACUCCACUGAGCUGGAUGGUGAGUCAUCUACUUUUCUGUGGCUCUCAUAUGGUUCUCCAUUCUUACUGUGAGCACAUAGCUGUGGCCAAGUUGGCAUGCACAGACCCCAUGCCUAGUAGUCUCUAUAGUCUGAUUGGUUCUUCCAUUAUUGUGGGCUCCGAUGUGGUCUUCAUUGCUGCUUCUUAUAAUCUGAUUCUUCGGGCUGUCUUUAGUCUCUCUUCAAAGAAUGCUCAGUUGAAAGCAUUAAGUACAUGUGGCUCCCACGUGGUGGUUAUGGCUCUGUACUACCUACCUGGGAUGGCAUCCAUCUAUGUGGCCUGGCUAGGGCAGGAUACAGUGCCUUUGCACACCCAAGUACUGCUAGCUGACUUGUACCUGGUCAUCCCACCUGCUUUAAACCCCAUUAUCUAUGGUCUGAGGACCAAACAGAUACGGGAGCGAAUGUGGAGCUUGCUGAUGCACUGUCUCUUUGACCACUCCCGCCUGGCUUCAUGA